GCACUGCUGGUCCGGCAGUCCUGAUCUGGGGACGGUAACUGUGUUGAUACACGCUGUAGACGCAGCGACCACGGUGUUGUGGUGGUGUUGCUUGCUUCCCCUGUACAACACCAACCAUUCAUCACAUGUAGCGGUUAUCACAGCAGUGGCUGUUAUUGGAAGGAGAUAAAAUCAGCCUGUAUUUCAAAGGACUGAGGAUGGCACAGCAUGCUUGUGAACUGAGCUUCCUCUCACGUUCUGAUGGAUCUGCAUUAUAUUCAAUUGGCUUGAAUGUAGCCCUGGCAUCAGUGAAUGGCCCUGGUGAUGUCAAGGUGUCUAAUCGUCUGUAUAAUCGCUCCCACCUGGAGGUCUGUUACAGUCCCUCUACUGGUCACUCUAUGAUCAGAGAGCGUGCGCUUGAGUCCAUCAUCAUGCGCACUGUGGAACAAGCAAUCCUGGUUCACCUGCACCCAAGGACAGCCAUCAAUAUCACCAUACAAGAGAUGCAGUCAGAUGGCUUGGCACUGUCAGCCAGUGUGAAUGCAGCUUGUAUGGCCCUGCUGGAUGCUGGGAUACAAAUGAAGACGACUUUUGCUGCAGUCACUUGUUGCAUUACUCCAGCUGGCACUGUCAUCAUUGAUCCUACAGAGGCUGAAAUACAGGAGAGUGUGGCUGAGGCAACGUUUGUGUUUGAGAGUAGUGGUGAAGCCAGUGUGUUGACAGCCCACCAGGAUGGCCGCCUCAGCUAUGAAGAUUUUAAGAAGUGCCUCCACCAGUGUCAGGUGGCCUCCAGGGAUGUGUUUGCUUUUUAUCGCAGGAUGACAGAGAAAAAGUACCAAAAUGAGGCAGAAAGCUGAAUGUGUUGAGUUGUGAGUGGUGAAGAAGGGACAGAAUGUUGCAGCAUUAAACCAGAAUGUGUGAGUUUGGUGAGUGGAAUGCAUCACAGUGCUGCUUAUUAUGAAGUGAUGUAAUUGUUUGAUAUUUGUUGAUGUAAUUAAUAUGAUUUUUUUCUAAUUAAAUACAAUUCAGGCAUUCUAGUGAGAGGAGCAGUAAACAUCUCUCUCAUUGUUGUUCAUGUCAUGAAGCUGAAUUUUUCAUGUUACAUUUAUUUACCUUAUUUGCAUUUCUUUUCAUUGAUAGUUGAAUACCAUUUUCUUCCAGUGUAUGUAUGUGAUGAAAACAUCAUUUAUUCAUUCAGGUGUGUAAAAGGAAACCACAAAUGAAGUUAUACUUUUUAUAUAAUAAAUAUCACAAAAUACAUGUGU